AUGGAAGAGGAAUUUGAGAUAAGGUUAACGGGGGAGUUGAACUACUUUUUCGGACUUAAAAUCAAGCAACUCAAUGAGGGAACAUUCAUGUGCCAAACAAGGUAUUUCCCCGAAUUGCUAAAACGAUUCGGUAUUAGUGAUGCAAAAUCAAUUGAUACACCAAUGCCAACAAAGGGAAAUUUGGACAAAGAUAUAUAUGGUAAGGAUGUUGAUGUCAAGAAAUAUAGAGAUAUGAUUGGUUCUCUUUUAUAUCUUAUUGCAUAUAGGCCGGACAUAAUGUUUGGUGUUUAUAUGUGCGUUCGAUAUCAAUCACCUCAUAAGGAAUCACAUCUAUAA